GGAAGAACGCUGUUCCGCGGGGUUCCAGACCUGGUAGUUCAAGAGUUGGUAGGGGCGGUGGCGAUGUCUCUUGCAAAAGCCGGAGCCUUGCCGCGGACGUGGGACACCAGCCCCUCGGAACACAGGAAGUGGGUCCAAGUAUUUAAAGCCUGUGAUGAAGAUAAUAAAGGCUAUUUAAGCAGAGAGGACUUCAAGGUUGCUGUUGUAAUGCUGUUUGGUUACAAGCCCUCCAAGUUAGGCAUAGUACUUGGGGAGUUUUUAAAUAUUAUAAAGAAAAAGAAGGAAGCUCAACUGUAUCGGAAUGAGAUGAGACACAUCUUCACAGCUUUUGAUGUGCACUAUCGUGGCUAUUUAACUUUGGAAGAUUUCAAAAAAGCAUUCAGGCAGGUGGCUCCCAGAUUACCUGGAAGGACUGUUGUUGAAGUUUUCAGGGAAGUUGAUCGUGACUCAGAUGGUCAUGUCAGCUUCAGAGAUUUCGAAUAUGCCAUGAAGCAUGGACAAAAUGAAGCCUAACUAUUGUGGUGUGCGUCUUGACAACUCUAGGGAGAUCUAUCAACUGUGAAUAUAUCUGAAGAUCAGGCAUACUUCUUUCUUAUAAUGGUGCGAUAUCAAAUUACAUUCUUGUAAUUUAACUCUUGAUCUCACAGCCUUAGAGACUGUGAGCACUGGCUUUUCCUCCUCUGUGGGUAGCAGCCCAGAGUCAGGCUGCCCCUGUGGCUCUCCCGCCUCUCUACUCUUAUUACCUGUCACCCACUAACUCUACACUGGAAUAUUCCACUCAGGUCUAGUCUUCACUGCCUGACAUGGGCCCUGGUUCUUGCAGGCUGGUAGGGGCAGCUGUGCCCUGCCAGUGGUACCAGUUGCCGUCAUUCAUCCCCCAUUGUUUGAGCAGAUAGUAGCAUCCAUGUGAACUGCAUGCUUAUUGUAGUGGGUUCUACCAACAAGCAAGGCACUGGGAAGACAGAGACAUAAGAUUUAUCUGAGAUGGAGGACCCGAGUCCAAGUCUUCCUUGCGCAGUGACUCCAAGGUGGUGCAAGACAGAGACAUCGGAUUGAGGGAACACAAGGCAGCCCUUUCACAUCUUUUACAGAGGAAGAAAGAGUGCAGUGUGGGUCCUGGGGACAGACACUGCCUAGUGGCCUGAACCUGAGUUUCCUGUGCAGAGAAGCAAACCUAGGCCUGUCCGUCUGCCCUGUGUCACACACUUCUAGUUCCAGGUUGUUCUGUCCUGCACCAGAGCCAUAGAUACAGCUGGAUCCAGAUCCUGGUCUCCAUGCUCUGCCUGGUUCCCUGGCUCCACUGACCGCUGUACUAGAGCAAACUGCAACACGGGACAUUCAGUUUUCAUUUAAAAUAAUUCCAGAAUACUGGCACCAAUACUAAUUUUUAAUGAAGGUGUUCAAAAUUCAUAACAUUAACAACAGGAGUAAAACAAUAUAUAAUUCAUAUCUUAAAAGUAUUAAAUGUUUAAAGGUCAAAUAAAAAUGUAAAUGUGUAGAACAGAAGCAUUUAGCAAGCUUCACUCUCAUACAAAUUAUUAGCAGAUAACCUUAAUAAAAAUAAAGUUGUGAACUGUGAGGGCCUAAGGAGACAUGAUAGGUAAAUGUAAGCUACUGCCCUGGGUGGUUCCUGGAAUAGAAAAAGGACUUUUUUAAAAA